CGCACAGCAGGAGGAACAUGGCGGCACAGUCAGCCAGCACAAAUGUUGUUUCACUACCACGAAGGUCAGAGAAGCUUCUGAAAACCAGGAUUUAACCCCGUGGACAGGGAACUAACUCUCUCACCCAGGGGGUCUGGAGGAUGCUUAAAGGUUUCCGAGCAGCACCGUCUUGCAGCAAUGGCCUGAGAGACUCUCUGGACUGAAACCAAGACGCUGAUAUGCAUUGAGGAUGAGUGGAGUUGGUGAAAACCCAUCUGACCCUGCCAGGGCAGAGUCACGGAAACGCAAAGAAUGUUCUGCAGAACUUCUAGGACCUAGUCCAAAGCGGAGCAACGAGAAGCGCAACCGCGAGCACGAGAACAAGUACAUCGAAGAGCUCGCCGAGCUCAUCUUCGCCAACUUCAACGACAUCGACAACUUCAACGUGAAGCCUGACAAAUGUGCAAUCCUGAAGGAGACUGUGAAGCAGAUCAGACAGAUAAAGGAACAAGAGAAAGCUGCAGCAGCCAACGAAGAGGAGGUGCAGAAGGCGGACGUCUCCUCGACGGGGCAGAGCGUGAUCGACAAAGAUGCCUUGGGACCAAUGAUGCUGGAGGCCCUGGACGGCUUCUUCUUCGUGGUGAACAUGGAGGGGAACAUCGUGUUCGUGUCUGAGAACGUGACGCAGUAUCUGCGCUACAACCAGGAGGAGCUGAUGAACACCAGCGUCUACAGCGUGCUGCACGUCGGAGACCACGCCGAGUUCAUCAAGAACCUGCUGCCCAAAUCCCUCGUGAACGGCGUACCGUGGUCCAGCGAGGGUCCGAGGAGGAACAGCCACACCUUCAACUGCCGGAUGCUGGUGAACCCUCACAGCGAGAACCAGGAGGAGGCGCAGGAGCACGAGCCGCAGCAGCAGAAAUACGAGACCAUGCAGUGCUUCGCCGUGUCCGAGCCGAAGUCCAUCAAGGAAGAGGGGGACGACUUCCAAUCCUGUCUGAUCUGUGUGGCUCGCAGGGUUCCAAUGAAGGAGCGACCGGUGCUGCCCACGCACGAGAGCUUCACCACGCGCCAGGACCUGCAAGGUAAGAUCACGUCCCUGGACACCAGCAUGCUGCGGGCCUCCAUGAAGCCGGGCUGGGAGGACCUGGUGCGGCGCUGCAUCCAGAGGUUCCACCUGCAGAACGACGGGGAGAUGUCCUUUGCCAAGAGACACCAGCAGGAAGUGCUGCGCCACGGCCAGGCCUUCAGCCCCAUCUACCGCUUCUCCCUGUCGGACGGCACCAUCGUGUCGGCGCACACCAAGAGUAAGCUGGUGCGCUCUCCGGCCACCAACGAGCCGCAGCUCUACAUGUCGCUGCACAUCCUGCAGAGGGAGCAGACGGUGUGCGGGAUGGGUCAGGACAUGGGCCCCGGCAGUCAGACCCCGGGAAUGGCCCCCAAACCCAUGAACUCCUCCACCCCCUCCAUGACCCCCCCGACGCCUGGCAGCCUGCCCGGCUCUGGGCCCCAGGGACAGGACACCACCAUCAGCAGCAACAGCACGCCUUUCUCCUCUCCGGGCCCCACCGGACCCCGAGAGCCACCAGCCAUGGGGGGCCACAUGCAGGCUUACCGCUUCGGGUGUCCCCCCCCUCACAACCACACCGGGGGCAUGCAGCCACCGCAGCAGGGGCCCAACUGGAGGAUGAACAGUCCCUCCAGAGCCAGCCCGAGUCCGGCAGGGGGGCCACACCCACCCCAACAGAACUCCAUGUUGUCCCCCCGGCACCGAGGGAGCCCCGGGGGCGGUAGCCCUCGAGUGGCGGCCCUGCACUCUCCCUCCCCUGUGGGGCUGUGUGGGGGCCCCGCAGGGAGCAGCAGCACUGCUAACACGCAUGCUAACAGCUACACCAGCAGCUCCCUGUCCGCGCUGCAGGCCCUCAGCGAGUGCCACGGGGUGGGGCACGGGGCCCCUCACACACACACACUGGGUUCUCCGGACAGAAAGAUGGGCUCCCCGGCGGGGGUCACACAGGGGCCAGGGGGUGGCCCUCAUCUGAUGUCCAAACUGGGAGGAGAAUCAUUCGGACCUCACAUGGAGGCGGGGCAGGGGCCCUCUCAGGAAGGCAACAUGGAGCCCAAGGAGGAGCGGGAGGGGGCCCCUGACGGCCUGGACGCCCUGAACCGUCUCCACGACAACAAGGGCCACACCAAGCUGCUGCAGCUGCUCACCACCAAGCCGGAGCCCCUGGAGUCGCCCCUGUCCCCCGGAGGAGAGGGCAAGGACCCCGCCGGAGGCCGAGGGGGCCUCGCUGCAGGGAGCACUCACGCCUCCUCCCUGAAGGAGAAACACAAGAUCCUGCACCAGCUGCUGCAGAACAGCACCUCCCCCGUGGACCUGGCCAAGCUCACCGCCGAGGCCACGGGCAAAGAGCUGGGCCAGGACCCCAACCAGGGCGGUGGGGGCCCGGCAUCAGGGGCCGACAUGGCUCUGAAGCAGGAGCCCCUGAGCCCCAAGAAGAAGGACAACGCCCUGCUGAGGUACCUGCUGGACAAGGACGACACCGCGGGGAAGGACAAGGUGAAACUGGAGCCGGGGGAGGUGAAGCUGGAGGGGGGCGGGAAACACCCGCUGGUGAAGACGGAGAAACAAGACGCCGGAUACGACCGCGCUGAGCAGUCGUCGGAGCUGGACGACAUCCUGAACGACCUGCAGAGCGCCGGGCCAGCUCUCUUCGUGGACCAGCGGCCCGUCUCGCAGACCAGCCCCAUGGACAAGCAGAACAUCUUCAACGACAUCCUGCAGAUGUCCGACAGCAGCCCCUCCCUGCAGCAGCAGCACCGCAGCAUCGCCAUGAACCCCAAUUUUGCCGGGGUGCGUCCAGGUCAGCCGGGUCGGGGUCUGCCCGUGAGGAGUGUGUCUCUGGACAUGAACGUGUCCCCCCAGCAGGCCUCACUACAGUACCCCAUCAGAGCCACCAGCCCCUACACUCUCAUGCAGCAGCAGCAAGGCAUGGUGGGAAAUCACGGCAUGAUGGGUAACCAGGCCGGCAUGGUCAACACAGGACUGAUGGCCCCCGGGGGUCCUCGGCCCAGCAUGCAGCAGCAGCAAGAGGGCUGGGGUGGCUCAGCCUCCGCCCCUCCUCUAGGAGCGUCCGGUCCCGGGCAGCAAGGGCCCAUGCAGGGCAGGAUGGGGCCGAACGGAGCUCCUAUGAGGCCCAACAGCCAGCCGGGGUCAAGACAGAUGCUGCAGGCCCCCAUGAUGGCCAAUGCCCAGCCUGACAUGGACAUUGGGAUGGUCAGCCACCACUUCUCCCAGCAGCAAGCCCCCCCCAACCAGACGGCCCCCUGGCCCGACAGCAUGAUGCCCAUCGACCAGACGGCGUUUGUUAACCAGGCCAGGCCGGUGCACACGGCCCCCCAGGAGGAACUGCUGCUAGGUGGGGGCCACGGCUCUGGGGAGGUGGUUGCAGUGGACGAGGGGGUCCUGAUGUCCCAGCUGUACACCGCCCUCAAAGACUUCGAUGGGCUGGAGGAGAUCGACCGAGCGCUGGGGAUCCCGUCUCUGGUAGAACAAAACCAGACCCUGGAGCAGGAACAGUUCCAGCAGGACCCUUCCAUGAUGAUGGACCAGAAGCCCCCCAUGUACUCCCAGCAGUUUGCACCCCCACCCUCACACAUGGCCCAGAGGGGGGGUUACCCCGGUGCCCCCAUGCAGGACCCCGGCUUCCACCCCAUGUCGGGUCAGAUGGGCCCCCGCCCCGGGUACCCCAUGAUGAGGAUGCAGGCCCGGCCCGGCAUCAGGCCCGGGGUGGGCGUCCCCAACCAGCCCAAUGCCCUGCGGCUGCAGCUACAGCACCGACUGCAGUCCCAGCAGAACCGUCAGCCGAUGAUGGCUCAGAUGAGCGGGGUCUCUAAUGUGAACCUCCCCCUCAGAGCCAGCGCCCCCAACCAGGGCACCAUCAACGCCCAGAUGCUGGCCCAGCGGCAGCGCGAGCUGCUCAGUAACCACCUGCGUCAGCGGCAACAGCAGCAGCAGAGGAGCCUCGCCAUGAGGGCCCAGGGCCUCACGCUGACCCCCAGCAUGAGUAACCCCCGGGGCCCCCAGCCGGCCCCGCAGCAGUUCCCCUACCCGCCCAGCUACGGUACCAGUACAGGCCUGGCCUCGCCCCCUCUCUCCCCCAGCCUGCCCUCUCUCCCCCCCAACCCUCAGCUCCACAUGCAUGGCUCCUCCUCCUCUUCCUCCUCCUCCUCCUCCUCCCAGAUGAUGAUGGGAAACUCAAACAUGAUGGGCGGACAGUACGGGGCCGUACUCAGCCCCCAAAUGCAGCACAGUGCCUUUCAGUUUCCCAACUCAGGUAUGAGCCAGCAGGUGGACGGAGGCUUUGUUGGCCCCGGGGCCCCCCAGAGCCCGCUGCUGUCCCCCCGCAUGGCCCACACACAAUCCCCCAUGAUGCAGCAGGGCCAGGGGAACGCUGGCUUCCAGGGCUCCCCCGACAUGAACGGCUGGCCGCAGGGCAACAUGGGAGGCAACAGCAUGUUCCCCCAGCAGCAGCCCUCCCCCCAGUUCUCCCAGCAGAGCAGCAGCAACAUGUACAACGGAAACACCAUGAACCUCAACCCCGUGAACAACAUGGCCGCCAGCAGCAUGGGCCAGAUGUCUGGACAGAUGAGUGUCUCCUCCAUGGCCUCGGGGCCGUCGCCGGGCCUGCCCUCCAUGGGGCCCGAGCAGAAAUACUGUUGACCCUCAUGGAGUCGUGACCUGAACCUCAGCUGGAGAGAGGAGCCCUUUAAAAAUUGUACAAACAUGUAUCCAACGACCCCCUCCACAUUGAAGCACCCAGGCCGUGCCCUAACCUCCCCCCCUUCUAUCCCUGCUUUUUUGGGGGGGAGACCCAGGAGAGCGAUGGUGGAGGAGAGCCUCGGUUCUGCAAGCAUUCACCGUUGUGUGACUUACUGUGGGCCUCCUGUGUGGGGGGCACUGACCCUGGGGCGGUGUUUGGGAUCCUUCUUCUGAUGAAUGUAUUCCUCUCAGUGGACAGCGGCCAUUUACAAUCUCAUCUCAAAAGGACGUACACUGAUCUCGUCCCGCCGGCGGCAGAGGCUCCUGCGGACGCCGGGUUUGCCUUUUUUUUGUGCUGUUAUUUUAUUCUGAUUAUUUUAGUGAAGAUGUAGAAUGAAGAUCUUUGAAAAACACUGCGGAAAAAUGGUUUGAGUGUAUGAUUAGACUAAUGUAGUCCAGAGGUUUAUAUAGUGUAUUAAAUUAAGUUUUAUUUUUCUGUAUAGAUUUUAAUUAUUGUAGAUGAUUCUUUAUCCAAGUAGCAACGAGAGACGGAGAGAGGGUUUCUAAAAAGUGUGAAAGAGGCACUUUUUGUUUUAUAAUUUUAACAGUAAUACUCUUCUAUUAACCUGAAUUCUGGAUUUUUCUUUGGUCCUGUACUUUCAGAGGAAGAAUCAUGUAUGGUUUAAAGAUGAAUUACAGAGAUUGUACAUACCAAUAAGACGUUUUUCUUUCCUAUUUAUUUUACCGCGUAGGGUCUGGUUCCCCCGUCUGCUCACGACGGUUGAUUUCCGGGAUGUUUUUUUUUUUUGGGACGCCGUGACGGUACGAUGCAGACGGGUGUGGGAGGGUGGGUGUACGGGGGUGUGCUGUGUAUACAGUGUACAGAUUAUCGCUUGCUUCUCUGCCUUUAGCAUAGACACACCAUAAAAAAGACUCAACACAGCCAUACACAAAAAAAAGUGUGCUUUCUAUGUCGUCCGAGCUGCUCGGUGCAAACUGUUCCAGUGUGAUGUAAACAAGCAAUAACCUUUCUUUCUUUUUGUAAUUUUUGUACAGUUUCCUGACGUUUUUUGCUCCACGUUUGGACGCAGUAUUACAUUUUUUUAUUGCAGUUUGUACCAAGAGAGUCUCCAUCCACACGCAGCGAUGUUAGAUUAUGCAGCAGAGGUCAGACUGCACGCUUCACCCCGCUCUGACACACACUUAGCCAUAUUUACGACCUCAGGCAGUCAUCCAAGUGUUCGCCGAUGACUCGCUGCUCUUACUGGGGAGUUCAGUGUGAUCCAAGUCAUCCUCUCUAACCUCAAAAAUACAUUUUAUAUAUAUAUAUAUAUAUAUAUAUAUAUACACACACACACACACACACACACACAACCCAGGACAAACUUGGAGCAAGCCAAAUGAUCUUUUCAAUUGGAUUUCUGAACCCUUUUACCAGCUUUUGUUUUCUGAGCACGCUUUGAGGCCCGCAGAAAACCAAGUUGAUGUCACUUAACAGGGUCCUAACGUAGAGAAACAGGAAGUCAUGCUGAAUGUAUUAAAGUCAUGUGACCGCAGCGUUUAGAGGAGCUCUCUCAUCGGUGUCAACGAGACGAAGCUGCGUCCGUGUUUUUCUUUUUUGCAGACGUCUCACACCUUUUUGAUAAAUACUGUCUUGAUUGUAUCAUACAGUCGUGCAGAAGAAGCCUUUUUGAGCCAUUUAAAAAAAAAAUAAUGAUCACAGCCCUUUGCAAAAUUUCCAAAGAUUGUCAAGAUUUUGAAAAAUAAAACGAUUCAAAGCCAUGUGGUAGCAAUGCAUUUUUUUAGCAUUUAUAACGAGGAGCAGAUCAAUGCCCCUGACAAAUAUCCAGGCCACUAAAACUUAUUUUUUUCUCGUCAGCUUUUGGUUUUAGAGAACUUUAAAUGCCCUUUUGUAUUGCCUGCCAAUUUCCUAGAGCUAAGAUGCAACCUUGAAAUGCUAACCACCCUUAGCAUAAUGCCUUAGAUUUGUCCGUUCUUGUACAUUACGCCGCUGUCUGUAUAAAUUUGUAUAAUGACUUGUGUACAAAACUGAACGGGGUGCAUCAUCGCUCAGUUCAUCGCUCUGUUGUGUUACCCCCCCCUCCCCUUCACUGUUUUUAUGGAAAAGAUGAUACAUAGGGAUAUUGAAGCAAUAUGUAAUAUACUAUACUUUCUGCGGAAAGCGUUGUCCCCCCCCGUUUUAAUUUUCUGCAUUGUUCACAGGAAUCACACUGUAUACCCGCAUCCACCUUUGUACUGUGUGUGUGUGUGUGUGUGUGUGUGUGUGUGUGUGUGUGUGUGUGUGUGUGUGUGUGUGUGUGUGUGUGUGUGUGUGUGUGUGUGUGUGUGUGUGUGUGUGUGUGUGUGUGUGUGUGUGUGUGUGUGUGUGUGUGUGUGUGAGCGUUUUAUGCAAAAUUAGAUAAAGAGAAGUUAAAACCACAGUUAUGCAAGUUGUGAACUAAUAUGGCUUCGCUGAUGCUAUUUUCCUUGUAAAUAAAGAAUUCUGUUAUUGCAGUAUUUAACAGAGUGACUCUUAUUUCCUGUGACUGAAAUUUAAAUAAGUUUAACCCCCCCUAUGCAUUGAUUGUAUUUCCCUCAUGAGUGCACAGAUAUGAAACGCUUAUUAAAGACGGCUCAAAGCGACUAAAUGACUCUAAUCUUCGGUUAACGUGUUUAUUAUGUGCUUGCUGCUUCGUUCCAUGUAUUUGUUUAUAAAUGUAAAGUGUAUUCUGCAUAGUGAUACUGCAAAUAAAAAAUAUUGAUUGAUUGAUUGAA